GUUACCCAAGCUAACACGCUGACGGAGACUUGGAUACUACCUGGAGUCCCGAACGAGUGAUGUACUAGUUUUUAAAGGUGUUUACGUGAAAAUAUGGUUCAAUAGAUCACUUUCGCAACUAUCAGUAAAAAACGGUGUUUGGAGCUAAUUUGUAAUUGUUGAAUACUUUAAAAUAUACGUCACGCUAAGCGAUUGUACAUUCGUGACAAAGGUGAUUGAGAGCGUUUGUGAUUAAUCAAGUUUAUUUGAUUCAGUGGCAUAUAAAAAAGCGACAUUUUUAUUCACAAACAUAAACUGCAGUGACGAUGGCAAUCCAGUACAUCUUCGGGACAAAGUUUCGAGUCUCAAUGACUUUUAUAGUAAUAACGUGUCUGUGCUUGGAACAUGUUAAAGGAUCGUGUCUCAGUUACGGACAUUCAUGCUGGGGAGCGCACGGAAAACGUGACGGACCACCUCGACGAGCAGCCUCUACUGACAUCGGAGAUGGCCUACCGUUUCGACCGCAUCAACCGCCAGAACAGCCCAUCAACUUACCGGUCGCCCUCACACCCGCUGCCCGAUGGGCUCUGGUCAGGAUGAUUCCAGAUAAAAACACAUAUUAUCCAUUUAGCAAGCUAAUACCAUUGAUGGAUGAACAGCUUCUUUCUGCUAACGAUUUGGUCACGGGCGAAUCAGAUUCGUCCGCGGUUUCGGUGAGGUCAUCAGAUGCUAGCAAUGAGUCUAAACCACCGCUAACAUUGACCGAAAUGGAGCAUGCACUAGGAGACGAUCCGUUCACAGGUCCAUCCAAACCCGGAUCCUCAACCAACAACGGUCACCGACGGGAACAUCGCCGCAAAAAAAAGCCACUAUCCGUCCCGACCAACCUUAGCCGUUACGGGAUAAUCGACGACAAGUCGGAGGAUGCGAGUAACAUGGAACGUGUACUAGCAGCGAGCAACGAGGACGCGAUUGGACAGCUACUUUUUGAUGCUGCGGCUGUUGUUCCGGACAGUGAUGCUGGGGUGCAACCGUUCACUCACAAGCUAUUCAGCGCCACCAAUUCUGGGGUACCAUAUAGUGCUUAAGCCAUCGAUAAGAAAAUUUAAAGUUAUGGAUCUCCAGUCUUUGCACUGCAAACAAACGAACUCUAAAUUCGAAAGCUAUACGUUUGAUCUCCCGAUGUCUGGGUUUGGUGAUGGACAACAUUUCUCGUUUAUUUUUAUGAUUUUUUGCAUCUUCCAACAGUAACAUUAACUGAAUGAUUAUGACCGACCUCCUGUUCAUGUCCGCGAAGGCAGUGAAGCAUGCCCCUUUUGAGAUUAAAAGUAUUCAGCUGAUUGAGCCCGGAUUACGCGAGAAGCCGUUAUCUGAUGCAGGAGUUGAAAUUUAUAGCUGUUUCCUAACUAUCUCGCAGUGUUGAAGACGAGCAUGGAUUUGGAAAUGACGAUCUAUCAGCAAGAGAAUGAACAUUGGCAACACAUCUUUGGCAAUUUUCAUUAACAACGGCUGGUUUGGUGAUAGAUAUGCAUUUCGGAAAACGCAUCUACCAGACGGUGAGAUGGGCAUUAAGUGGGAAGUAACUUAUUAUUUUAGUUUUUACGCGAAAUCGUCAUCGCACUGUUCGUAGUGGGUAUCGCAGCCGUCAAUAUAGAUAAUCGGUAUUCUGUGCUAAAUAGUGGACACAUCUCGUGCAUAAUACGGAUAAAUUGGGAAUAAAUAGGACAAGAACGAACCCUCGACACUAAGAACUCAAUUUGUAAAUAGGUACAAACUUGCAGAAGGAAAGAAAUAAAAUAAAUCGAGUUGGAUGAAUCUAUCAUGCACAUUCAAC